UGGGGGCCACAAGUGUGUGUGUGUGUGUGUGUGUAGUGAGUUAAGCAACAUUGUGAUAAGAUCAAGUUCCUUUCUGGGGUUUGAUCUGUGAGCAGAAAACAUCUUCCUCAUCAUCGUCGUCUUCAUUAUCGGCAACUUGGUCCAACAAGAUGGCUGAUGUACGCUGGCGGUUGUUGGCACUUAUUGUGGUUGUCACGGCAACAAAGACUCAGGCCAUCCACCAGGACCAGCUCGCCACAAUUGUUAGAGACGUCCUCGACAGGCUUCAUGUGGAUCGGGGGGUUAGGGAGGUCUCUGGUGAGAAGUUGCCCAUGUUCAGUCUGGCGGUGAGUGUCCCCCCGGGUCCUAACGGCGGAUAUGACGUGAAUGCCAUCCCUGACCCGGGUGACAAGAUCAGGGAGGACCUCUUGAGUUGCCGCGUCUACGAGGACGAGCACGUGUUGUUCGCCACCGUCCUGAACGACAAAUGCCCCAACUGGGUAGAAAAUGUGCCAGAGGAGCACGCCGAGUACCGCGUCCUGAGCGGCUUUAAGGCGUGGGCGGCUAACAAGAAAAAGACGGGUCUGAUGCUCUUCUACGUCUUGGCCUCGCCUGACAUGAGCCAGCGGGGCAUCCUCACGCUGGUAGAGGACAUCAAGGCGUGGCCCCAGCACGCCGUGGUCUUCUCCAAAGUCUACCAGCCUCCAGGCAAACUGCCCCUCGAGGUCAGCGAACUCACAGGCGCGCUCGACAACCUGGGACGCCAUCUCGGCGGCCUGGGGAACAUCUUCCGCUGCGACACGGGGGAGCAGUGUGUCAGCUGCUCCGGCGGGGGGGGGCAGGUCACACCUUACUGCUACCAAACUGGGCAUGGCCAGGGCACCCAGGGAAUGCAGGGCGGGAGAAGGAGAAGAAGCCCCCAGGAGAGCCUGGAGGUGGAACCUGACGUCUGCGGCGUCGACCCGCUGGGCCACGGAUGCGCCGAGCAGCCGGAGUCGGCCGAAGGUCCCACGCCAACCAAACUUCCUACGCCAACCAAAGGUCCCGGAAGGAAACUGAAGCGUGGGCGUGGCCAGAAGAAGAACAAAGGAGGCAGCAACAAGCGUGGGCGUGGCCAGAAGAAAACAAAAAAAAGAGGCGGCACCAAGCGUGGGCGUGGCCAGAAGAAAACAAACAAAAGAGGCGGGACCAAGCGUGGGCGUGGCCAGAAGAAGACAAACAAAAGAGGCAAGACCCGAUCUUCCAAGGGGCGGCGCCGAGGUUGACAGCGACCGAUUGGGCGAGCUGGGAAAAAAAAACCGUCUUUUGACGAUUAGCUUUGCUUCCAUGCUAACGCUAGCAUGCUAACACAAUCGACAAUGUAAACGUCUGAUUUUGCACAGCAUUAAAAAAGCUUUUAGCACACAA